GUUUUAUCAUUAAGUUAUUGUAGGUCUCGAAAGAUACAGUCGAAGAAUAUAAGCCACUAUUAUACAUUAAUGUAUGGCAACCGUUCUGUUGGGUAUUGACAGAGAUAUGAUAAUAUACAUAGUAAAGUGUGCUGCAUUUCACCAUUACUUUUAACGGCUCCUGUGGGUGUUUAUUUAUACCUGUUCCUGUGGGUAGAAAUGCUGUUUAUAAAGAAAAAUGGAAUUAUCAUAUCUCGAAUAUUCGUCGUAUACAAAUGCUUGAUAUAUCUCCAAAAAAUUACAUGACCUUAUAAGUAAUGAGUCGUACUGUACAAUCGGCAUAGUAGAAACAGCAAUAUUAUUCUGUUGGAAGCAGCAUUUCGCCGCGUCCUUGCUAAUUACGUCGCACGUGGCAGUAACGCACAGCAUUUGCCUUGGGAGUUGCGGGAACAAACUGUGUACGCCGGUUCUCUCAUUUUGCUAUUAGAAGGCGUUCGCGCCGCUAUAAAGACUCUAUGAUGAAAAAAAUGGUGGCGUUUUAUCGAAAGCUGUAUUCUAGUAGAAAAGGUAUUCCUCUCUUUUUAGCCGGUUAUUUUUGUGCCAGUGAGAAAUUUGAUGACGACAAUGCUCUAUUCGACUGGGACAACACGUGAGACACGGCGUACAGUCGCUCUCGCUGCAACAAUUUUACCCUUCAUGUUAUCUUCUGCCAAUGCUAAAUCCUAUUCGAUCCGAUAGGACAGAUAGGAUCGGGUGGUACACCCGUCGUCUUAUCUGGCAUAUGGAUUUGCCGCUGUCACUGCUGCUGCUGACGCGACGCUACAAAAGAUCUCAGCGGAGCGUUAUAUUUUAUUUUGAUUGUUUUCUAUCUGAUAAAAAACGAUGCUUGCGAUUCCUAUUUUUUCCUGGAAUUACGCUCGUUGUCAGAGUUUACUUAUCAUCCGGAUCAGUAGGAGAAACUUAAAUCGUUAUUCAAAAUGUAUCAUAACUCGCCUGUAAUCACUGUAGCUGUGAAAGUGCUCGAUCUAACAUUUCCUUUUUUUCUGGAGAUAAUUAGGCCUUGAUGACAUUGUCAUGCAAUGCGGCUCUGUCUAUCAACGGCGGGACAGACUAGCAUAAUAGUAUCUAGUGCGUGUCAGCAAUUUGCUUUUCAUUUCUGUUUGUGAGUUUUCUACGAGAGUCUGCGUCUUAUUUUGUCUGUCUCCUUUCCUUUCGUUUUAUAAGAUAUGCUUUCUUCCCUGUUGUGACCGUUUACGCCGUUUACGAUAGCAGCUCGCGGUUGAGACGUCUUUAUAACCACCAUCAUUGCCGCUCGGUGGUUUACUCAUCCGAGUCGCGUGUACAUUUCGAAUCCGACCACCGGCGAUAAUGUUCUUGGUGGUCGUCGCUAUAGUGCUCUGCUUUAUGUGAUGGAAGUGCGUGCUACUGCCAUUAUUGUUUAGUUGUGGGCGAGUUUGCUUCGUCCACGGUUGCAACGGCUGCCGUCGUCACUGUUGCCUGUCCAUCGGUUAAUUAAUAGUUUACCGUGGUCGACGACAUUUUGACACAUAAAGAAUCAAGAAGGCUCAGACUAGCUUAAUUGGGCCGGGCGAGCUGUUUGUACACAGUCUUACGAGGCAGUGGAAGUGCACUCAUGCACUUCAAUCUCAUGAUGAAUCAUGCUAUUAUAGUACUCAGUGCGGUUAUUGAUGACAACACUUGUAAUAAGAAUGGUGGUUUUCAAAUCAGUUGUCAUUCCGUGCAGCCGAUAGCUAAUAGUAACGUAGCUAUGGCAUAGGUAAAGCAAAUCGUCACAGUCUGAUACUGACACUAUAUAUUUGAUCCGGCCGUGGUGCUAGUGUUGUUAAAGUAUGCUGUUGAGAGAAUUCGCUAGCGAUCUCAAAGUAUUCAUUUUCAGUGAAAAAUUGAAUGCGAACUGACACCAACCAAUUCACGUUUACCACCAGCUAUUUUCAUGGCUCUUUUACGUUAGCUGAUUAUUUGGUUAAAAGAGCUAAUCAGGCAGUGAAUUAGUUCGAUCAGCAUGUUACGUUUUCUACGAAAACAGCUUGAUCCGUUGCUCGGGAAAUGAAAUUCUAUCGACAUCUGGGGGAGAGAUGCAAGGAAUAAUUGCCUUCAUAAUUCUGAACUGACUGUUCUAAGCGACAGUGGGUAACCGUCAUCCUUUUCGCUCAGUUGUGCUGACAUUAUCACGGUCAUUCGUUAUCGUCUACUUUCAGAACAGAAGAUAACCAGCAAACGAAUAGACAUGCAAAACGUUUUUAAGUGAUUUUUGAUUAAGUUUUAUACUAUUUGAAACUGAUCAGCGGGCAUCGCUGUCGAAUGUCCGUCAAGUGAACCAGGAUUGAACGAAGGCUUAGAUGCCACAGGAAACUCCUCCUGAGGAAGCUGUCAGUAUUGGAUGCAUUGGGCCGCCUGUUUAGUAUAUAUAGCGCAGCGGGCAAAUAAGUGCCGUCAACCUAACUACUCGUCUGUCCCCGAACCAUUUGACUUCUCCAGUCAUCAAAAUGUGAUAGACGCUUCUUCUUUUAAACGAUAUGAGUAACACAGUAAUCCUUACAUAAUAAUAGGACCCAUAACAUCUUGCCCGAUAACCCUUUCUUGCUAGAGCCUCGGUCAUCCUUCUCUCAUUCUGUUUGACUGCGUUACUAAUCGUCACUCUCCUUAAGCGACUGUUGCGGACUGAUUGUCACUGCUGAACCGACGGCUCAUGGAUAUUGUGCUUGCCACGUCUCAUCUGCGGUCUCACACGGCUGAUCACCCUUCCCCCUCUAUGUUUGAGGGUUCGUCGGAUUGUGCGUGUACCGUACAAUUAUCUCUCUGUCACAACGCCGAAACUGAUAUUCACGUUUAGACAGGGGUAUUUUACGUCUACUCUUGAUUGUCAUAGAAGACCGGAGGGAGAGAAUCAUCAUCUAUAAAGAGGAUACUGGUCGAUUUAUUAAUAGUUGUUGCUACUGUUGUUGUUGUUGUUGUUGCUGUUGUCUGUUAAGUGCAUCCGAUUGACUUACUGUCUAUUAGGUUGUUCCGAGUGCUACCCACCUGUGUACUGUGUAUACUACAGCUUGUGCAACGUUGGUUGAAUGACAACAACAACAACCGCAUCAACAACAGCAAAGACAAGUGAACAAAGGCGAAUCUACGGUGGUAAUAAUAGGCGAGUACUGAUUGAACAGAAUAUAAAUGUAAGAGAGAGAGAGAGAGAGAGUAGAAAGAACAGAAUCGUUUCGGUGAAAUGAGUUCAUGGGGUUUGGCUGCUACGGCGGCUUCUGAGGGGGGGCAGUCUGCAUGUUGUUGACCGUUAUCGCAUGGCUGUGGUCGGCGGCGGCGCCACGGCGUCAAACGGACCGCAGCACGCGGGCACCGCGGAGAAGGAGCGUGCACUCAGAGCGGCUUUUUCUUUUAGGCCAACGACGGCCGCCGACACCAACACUAUCUCCAACGUCGACAGCGACAGCAACGGCCAUCAUCGCCUCAAUAGCAACAGCACUACCAACGGUAACAACCUGGCGUCGUGUGACGUUCAAGCUCAGUCGCACUAUCAGCAACGGCCGUCUACAACCAGUACCGGUACCACACCACUGGCACUGUCUAUUGUGACAGUGGAGAAUAGCACCGUUGGUGCUGCCAUCACCAGCGCGGCACGUCAGCAGGAAGAGCAACUCGACAAGAACCCAGCAAGUACUACAGUCGCUGCUGCCGUUGAUGGAGUGGCCACUUCCAGGUCUACAGCCCGUUACGCCAAUUUAACGGCAUCAGGGGAAACGGACCAAUCGACCACCGGUAGUCCUGCGAGUUCUGAAGAACCUACGACGGAAAAUCUACCUCCGCAGGACGAGCAAGAGCACAAGCAGAAACAAUCAGAGUGGAAGCAGCUAUUGAAUAAGGCUCAGAAAAAUGAGCCUACGAAGAGAACAGUUAUCCCUGCUGCCACUGGUGCUGCCGGGACGACCGCUGUUUUUGCAAGCCGCAACAAGCACGACGCAGUUGACAGACUCGUAAGCCAAAGUAACGUCAACGGCUGCCACAGUGGCGUAACAACAACAACGAUGCCCUUGCCAAGAAGCACUAUGCCACUUAACGAGCAAAUAGCCGGACAUCGGCAUGGCCACGGCAAAACUAAACUGGGCAUGCUGCGUCAUCAGGACGGCUCGAUCCUGAAACCCUUGAUGCCGAACGACGUGCGAGCUAAUCGGGAACACGAAUUCUAUCUGUUCUUAGAACUUCACCGCAAGAUGUGCCAAGAGGACAACAUCAACUCGGCUAGAUGUGAUGAUCCGGUGUUACAUAAACUCGGUGAUUUGACGCCGCGAUACCUUGGCGUAUUCGAGACCGACUUUACGGUGGCGAUUACUGGUGGCGAUCACAAUAGCGUCUGUUAUAUAAAAUUGGAGGAUUUGUGCAAAGGAUUUCAACAGCCGUGUAUAGCUGACAUAAAAAUUGGCCGAGUGACAUACGACCCAGAAGCGAGUGUCGAGAAAAUUGAGCAAUCUAUGAACAAAUACCCAGCACAGUGGGACAUCGGAUAUAGGAUAUUGGGUAUGCGCGUAUUCGAGCAGGGUAUAUGCCACGUCUACGACGCCGAUUACGGCCUACAACAAACUCCGAAAAGUGUACCUGAAGCUAUCAAGACGUUCACUAGUGCUAAUCCUGCCUGCGUACCAUUGAUUAUUGACGAAUUACAACGAAUUAUGGAUUGGUUUUUAAUUCAAAAGAGAUUUUCAUUCUAUUCGAGCUCGAUAUUAUUCGUAUAUGAUGCCGUUGAACUCCGAUGCUCGGUUAAACUUAUAGACUUUGCACAUGUGUUUCCAACGAAGACAGCUGAUGGGAACUAUCUCUUUGGUCUGCGAAAUCUUAUCGAUGCAUUUCGGGUUGCCGCUACAACAGGGUUGACAAGUGCUCAGUAGCCCACAUAAUACAAUUUUACUAACAUCCAUAAAAAGCAUACGGCAUGACAGAACUUGCGUGUGCUCAAAGACUAGGUUGACUGCCUAGAGCAAACUGUUUGAUAAAUAAUGAUACCCAUUGAUAUGGCUAUUGUACCUUGUCAAGCACGUACGAAUACCGUAGAAGAAACAAAAGCCAACAAACAGGAAGGAAUCAUGAAGGGAAAACUACGGGGUGUUUGUGUCUGAAGAUGUCUGUGCGAUCAGAUACUUGUGAUUAGCAAGCAUGCCGCGUUGAUACUGGAUGGAUAAAGCUGUAACGACGAUAAGCGGAUAGCGAUAAACAUUUAACGUUGUAAAAUUCAAAUAUGUAUGACGAGUACCACCUUUUUUGUUAUUCCUCUUACCUUGCCUUACUGCCAUACGUUAUAUAGUGUUCGUAUCUUAAAAACUAGAGAUAAAUUGAGACUAAGUUGAUAUGGAAGCCUAAAACGCUUGCAAAUCGCUUUAAUUUUUUUUAAAUAAAAAUUUGUUAAUAAAAUUUAAAAUUAGAAAGUUAUUUGGGACUCUAAUUAGAGUUCCAAAUAACUUUCUAGUAGUAAUCAUUGAUGUCUAGCUGGAAUAGGUCACAUAUACAAAAAAAUUAAACGGACUUACGUUCUAAAUUCACAGUAAGCUAAAGGACCUAGAAAUCCACACAGGGUAUACAAGCCCAAGAAGUGCAGCAAGGCACAAGAGGUCGAAAAAGGGGUAACCGUCGUAACUUACAUGAAUUAGCUUACAAACUAUACAUAAUUUCAUUUUGAAGAUGGCCUCUUAACUUUACAUUCAAAUCUCAGAAUCUCUAGGAAUGGCCUAUUGUGCCCCAUUUUACUAAUUUUCCCUUUGACCCAUUUUCCCUUAUGCUGUGUGAGAGGUGAGUUAUGACCGGCAACAGCAUGGACCACCGACUUUAUUGAUUUACAAUCACAAUGUGGUUACAAACACAGCUGAUAUUAGAUUGUCUUUCGAAGAUGCAUCUUCUGGUUCCGCCGUGAUCGGUCUGGAGUUUUAUACCAGAAAGAGCCGGAUUUCUUAAGGUAUUAAGAAUGGCGCGCAAACGCAUACCUACUACGACUAAGAGCUUGCUAGAGACAAAUCUCAAUUUAUUCUGAGUACUGUGAAAUUAGAACUUAAAAUAUAUUGCCUGGGUGUUGGCACUCGUAAAUGAGAGCAAAUGAAAUCUAAAGUAGCGUGAAGGGUGCCAAAGCUGAACACUGAAAAAUCAACAAAACAGAAAAAAUCAAAUCGUUUUUGGAAAUCCAUACGUGCUGUUGUAAUAUCAAAUUAUUCUAAAAUCCAAACCGACGCUAAGACGGAGUAUUUGUAUCAAUUGGUAAAAUACUAAAAGUGUAGGUUCCGCCAGUUGGCUUACUCGGUGUAAUUGGUGCGCAUGUUGUAGUGCGAUAUACUUCUCCUACUGUAUGCUACUAUGUAUUUCGAAAAAAAUCGAUUUAGUACAUGAUCUAUUAAGCUGGUCAGGGCUUAGUCACAGUUGACAACAUUUAACAAUACGGUGUGGGAACUAUCGGAGAUAGUGGGAGGAGUGUAUCGGCGCAUUAAAACGGCUUCAUUGUCUAUCUGUGCGUGUUCGUGUGUAUUAUAGUUCGUAUUCAGCCUAAUCAAUUCGAAAAAAAGUUUGCGAUAAACGUUACUGUUGAAAAUACUUUAGGACACGACCUGUUAACGCAGAACUAUUAAUAAAGCACUGACAGCGAACGCAACUUAAGAAUCUUGCAUUGAAACAAGUGCAUAUUCGUAGAAAUAACAAAUUCAAAUGUACAGUUACAUAAGAGGAAAAACAGAAGGUAUAGCUAGGAUAAUGGGAAAAAAUCAUCGACUCAAAAACUACCCAAAACAGAGUUUCUGCAUUGGCAUUGACACGGUAUGCCUCUCAAUUGCAAAGCGAAAACCAAUGGAGAAAAUGAUAAGAACGGCACCGCAUAAAUUCGUUAGAUGUAAACAGAAGGAGCGACCUCGGGUGUUGCAACUAAAAUACGUGAGGGACAGCGUGUGAAUGAAAAGCGUGUGUGCGCAUCGAGAUUGGGCCGAGGUGAAAGAUAUGGCUUUAUACUGUGAACGAGACGUCGAACAGGAAAGAACAAUGCCGCAGGCGAAAACCACAAAAAGUGGGCGAGUAGUGGGCGUUAUAAGGGUAACUCAUUCAAUCAUCAGUAAACGAACAAACUUACUCAUGGGCUGCUUCAGCUGAACAGACAGUUGACAAUAUUUCUCAGUUUAGUAUUAUUAUUUUGAUUUUAAACAACACCUUCUUUGUUAUUAUUUUAUUGUUUCUGCCCUAUCUGUUAGCUUUAUUAUUAUUCAUACGGUGACGAUACCACUGUGAUGGUCCUGUGUUCAUUAUUAAUAUUAUUUUUUAUACACUUUCGAUUUCAUAUAACUUGUGGUAAUUUGUUGAUUAUCUCUUGGGUUUCUUUGUUCAUUUUAAUUAAUUUCAACUAAUAUGUACUGAUAUUGUGCUUCAGACUGAUACAACAAUUCGCUUUUUUUACGGCAGCAGUAUGUAGAUGAAAAUGCGUUCGCUAGAUAAGUCGCGGAAGACAUUCAUUGCAAAAGUUGUUGAGCUAAGUUAAAUCCAUUUGAGUGAAUUGUUUAAUUUAGGUAGGUGACUCGUUAGACUGAUACGAUCCAAAAUGCAUGCACUGAAAAGCCGUAAUUACUUGAAUCUCAUGAAACAGGCGCCGUAAAAAGUUUGUGUUAUUUCAGCAAAAAACCCUGUGGGCUGAAUUGAGAAAAAUACAGGGACAGAAGAAUAAAAAUCAUUACGGAAAAUUUAAUGAAAGCUAACAAGGUGACUGAUCUGCGUAUGUACUACAUAUAGUAGCAACAACACGGAAAGAAAUCAACUUGACUACAAUGUAAAUUACGCAAACAUACAUAUAUUUAACAAUAAACUAUGUUAUUGGUAUGAAACUGCUAUAAUUGGAGCUGUUUAUUUUUUGCUACGGUUUUUUGAAUGUAUGUGACUGUCUCAAAGAAAGCAUAUCUGGAAAUACAGUUAUUCUGCUGUAGUUUAUGUACCUCUAAUUUUGCCUUCUAAUUUGGACAGAAAUGUAUUCACAACACAAAUUCAGUGGACGGGGCAAAUUUUCAUGGAAAUUUUCGUAAAGAUUUCUAUACUUAUAUCAUACUUAGAGCAAUUCUAAGAGGAUGUCGUAAAAAUGAACGAACUAGUUCGUUUGAGAAAGCCAGUUUGUUUCUAUGCGUUUGGCUACCGAAUUCGUUAACGAAUUCGUUUUUUUCACGAUAAAAAAUAGGACAGCAAUACCUGAUUGAGUUGAGUGCAUUAAUGCAGGGGGAAUGUAUGUAAUAGGAGCAUGAAUCAUCUUUAUUUGUGAGAUACACCACUAAAUGAGUUGCAUCAUGACUGCGUUUGAUUUUAUCACACGUUGAUGGCAAUAUGCAACAUCGAUACCAGGAACGAGGAAGCUGGAUAUGGUCAUGGUGAUAAUUAUAUUUCUGUAAGAGCUUUCCUUUUUAUUUAUGGCAAGGCCAUACAGCUUUACCGUUUUCUAUAGUGAUAGAACUUAUCAGCGUGCCACAACGCGGAUAGUAUUUUAGCAUUUAUGACAAGCUGGCCGAGUAACAACGGAAUUGGAACUUCACCGAGCACAAAAUAGCUCAGCCAACAACAAUAAACCACACAUCGGGAGGUACCAUACAUCCAAGUCACUAAAUAGCACUGUCUAAAAAUAAACGUGACUUGACGGCACCACAAACCAUUCGAUUUUUUCGUCCCCUUUUUACAUAGUUUAUUCUUUCGUUGUAAAAAACAUUUCACUCGGCCUUAUGUGAUAAGUGUUGCUGGAAGAGAACUUGUAUACAAUAUUCCGUUGUUGAUACUACACGCGUAGUACUGGACUGCCUUGACAACAAUUUUGCGUGUAUAGCAUAUGACUUAGGCCGCUUUAGCUGCGCAUGGUCGUAGUCGAGUUUUCAAUUGUGCACGAUGGUUGUUCGUGAACUUUGGUCGAGGCCUAUGGCAUUUGGCCAAGCAUCAUCGUAAAACACGGGUCUCAUCUUGUACGUGAACAGAAUUUCGUUUGUUUGAUUUUUCCUUAUUACCCAUUUUAACCAAUGCGGAAUUCGGGUAUUUUUCUCAUGUUCGUUGACUUUAAUAAAUGAGAAAGAAGAGUAAUAUUAUAUAAUUAAAGUAUACGAACCAUUAUUUAACGAAGUAUAGUUCUUUGAUAGUUUUUGAGCGUAGCGAUAUCAGCCUAAUAGCGCACGACCCAUAUAUCUAUGGAAGAAUUUCGAAACUACUGCAGCGAUCUACUCUUGACUAAUCCAAGAACCAUUCAAGAUAUGUACAAAAAAGUAUUCAUACGCUCUAUGAGCUUGUAUUGAAGUCUGUGAGUAGUAACUAGAAUCUACUAAAAUCGUUUUAAUUAAAUUGUGUAUGGUGUCAUACAUUGGCAUUAAACCGCCGAUUUUAGCGUUUGCGUUCGUUCUAAGGAAUUCGUGAUUUAUUUUUGGCUGGCCCUUAUAUUAGACGACUUAUUAGAGAGGAUUUUAUAUUUUUAAAGACAACGUAUGACAAAAAACCCAAAUACAAAGCACCAAUCCUCUACUCUAUUUUGUUUGGUAUUAUUGAUUGUCACAACUCUGUGACCAAGAGUGGGUAUUGCACAAUGCCAGUUUUUAGACUUUUUGUUACAAUGCUGUUCCAUAGCCUUUGAGUGCUUGGUUCAUCCUUCUGUUAAGUUGUGAGUGCACAAUUUAGUUAGGCUUUCCCUUUUAUAUAUUCACAAGUAAGCUUUAUUUUCCUGUAGGUAAACCGAUGGAAAAGCCAAUACGCGUUCAAUAAGACAAUAUAAGCUUGUACUGAAUUUUCGUUUCAGAAAAUCUCACGGGGCUGCAGUACCAGUAUAAUAGUUGAAUCUACGCUGUUAAGUGACUAGGUAACCAGAUAUCCGAUAAUAUCCUGAUUCGUCCUAUUGGUAGAGCGAUUAUAGAAGCAUAUUAAUUAUCAGUGUGAUGUCGACGUUCAUGUAUUUCAAUGAAUGUCAUCGUCAGAAUGCUUCUAAGUGGCGGAAGAGUAGAUGACCGACUGCCGGUAAACGAUGGCGCCAUUCGAACAACCAUUCGAUAUUUCUCAUUAUGUUAGCCACAAUCUCCCCAGGGAUGACCGUGUUGAAAACAAUGUAAUGGGGAUAAAAAAAAUCGACAACUGUUUUUCUACCCUCGUGUAUUUAAAUCAGGCCUUUAUGAUGAUCUGUAAGAAGAGCUUGUAAGACCUGCAGCUAUUGAAGAUCCAAACAAGGGUAGACGUCGGUAGAAGACGCCCGGCGACAGGGAACUCGAACGACUGCCACCUUGGGAAUCCUGUUGGUGCAUUUUAAUAUUUCAACAUUUAAAAGCAACAUUU